AUGAAGACGAAUCUAACAGGUCAACGAGUUCGUGACCGAACUUUAGUUUUAAAUACGGUAAAGAUCAUAAUAGAGAUAGAGUAUAUUGGUAUAGCGAGACGCUGUGAUUGUGUAUAUCAAGAACAUAUUUGUUAUAAAUACGAUUGAGAAUAAAUUGUCAAAAUAACUGAUCGAGAAAGUAUUUUCAAGUACUGCUAACGCAGUGACAGUGAGACACUCGUUGUUGCAUCGAUGAAAUUUUAUCGCCCAACAUGGCGAUUAUAUUUUGAAUAAUACAUGUGCUCGUCGCGUUGUUAUUAUGGUGCCCGCGGCACAUAGAUCCGACGUCUUUUGUAAUAAUCUAAAAAGAUUCGUGUGCAUCGAUUGUGAUGCGUAUCGUUGGUAAUAAGAAAUUGCCAGAGUGCUAACUGUUUAUUGAGAUCUGAAAAAGAGCUUCUCUUCCACUCUGCUGUCCUGUAUCCGGCUUUCGAGUAAUUAUUUACGAUAAACGGUAUUUCAGUCGUAGCAAGUGUGAAUACGUCGGGAAUGUGCAGCUCCACGGAUGUACAAGUUUGCCUUGAAUGUCUCUUUUGCCAAAGAGGAGUGCGAGCUUAAAUGCGUUGUGAUAAAAUAAGCAGUUACGAUUAACACAGUGUGAUGAGCAACAGCAGAUAUCGUAGGAAAGAAUUUGGAUCAAGGGGAGCUGGUGUAACCAGACCAAGUAAUGACUUUGGUGGAUCCAGAUUUCAUCAUCCGAAUUUCUUCCACUUUCCACCAAGCUCAGAUAAAUGGAUGGAAAUGGCAAACUAUCCGCCAUGGCAACACAACAUGAAUUUCCAUCACAAUCCAAUGUACAGAGGUAACAAUUUACAGUUCAGACCAAAUAUCAGAAAUAGAGCAUUCAUUAGCCAAGGAGUAGUAAGAUACUCCAGCUCUGGUAGACCAGCAGCCUCCCACUUUCCUAUGGGAUUUGUAAGACAUCCUGCACCCAGAGAAUUGUUACCAGUAGAAGAAGAAGUGGAGGAUAAACAUCAAGUUCCUUUGCCAGGUUCCGAAGAAGAACGUCAACGAAAAAUUUCAGAGACAGCUGACAAAUUAAAGCAGAAAUUAUCCACGUCUAUGACUGUGGAAGAUCUGACACACUUUGGGGAGGAGGAAUUGCCUGGUGUUUCGAACAAGACUCCAGAAGAAGGUGAAACACGGAAGAAGGGUAUUCCUGAACUUAGGCACGAGCCACCUGAACUUGACUUAACGUUCAACGACCUUAGAGACAUAGGCAGGGUUGAUAGCAAUAAUUCCAGACUCGAAGAUGUAGAUCAUGGAUCUAACGAGGAUAUAAAUAUCGUCGAACAAGAGCCUACAGUUAACGCUACAAGUACAAAUAACGUAAUUACUAUUAAAGAUAAAAAAGAAUCAGAGCCAACAUAUAAAGCAAAUGAUAAAAAUCACGAAUUACCUGAACCCAUCUGUGAAACAGAGAAUCUUCAGUUACAAGAUAACACUGGAAAGAAGUUGGCAUCAUUGGCAUCAGAUUUAAAUGAAGCCGAUGGAAAGUUGCCAAUUGUUUCGAACGACACCGACACAAAUUUUAUAUCUACGAAACCAGUCACUGAUUUACUCGCCGAACAAUCUUCAGCUGUAAACCUUACAGAAACAAGUGGAAAUGAUAAAGAAAGAAUCCAGAAAUCGAAAGAAGAUGCGAACAGAAAUAUUGCAGAAGAUAUUAAUGCAAACAUACAACAUAUUCAGGAUGCAGAGAUUCCGUCAAACACUAUUACCGAUUCCGCGACAGCUGUUUGUACGAGUUACAAUGAAGUUUAUGACGAUGCAAGGGGAAAUAAAAAUGACCAUAUUUGUAAGCUAACGCCUGUUAGGAUCGAUACGAGGGCUCACAGUUCUAGCCAUCGCUUUCGACAGAACGGGAAACAUGGAUUUUUUCAUGGGACGCAAAGAUUUAAUCAAUUGCCUGGAUCAGUGAACGCUCAUCUCCCAUCGUAUUCACACAACGUACCUGUUACAAGCCAUAGUACCCAGCAAAAGGCAUCAGUGCCAUUUCCUUCUAACAGUUACCCUCUUACGUUCGAGCCAAGAUCAAAUUCAGGGUCUGAGAAAUCAAAUACCUCGCAGGGUAGCCUGCAGACUGUACAAUCGCCGCUUACUUUCGAUUUUAGAGAAUCUAGGAUCCAAAACGUUCCAUUGACAGUUAGUGAGCAAGUACCAGAAUACAAUCCAAAGCAACCGCCACCAAUAGUUCAUAAAAGAGAGGAAACUUUUCAACCUUCACCGUUCUUGGAUCCCCGAUUUUCACCUCAAGAAUUAACAAGCUACGCUUCUCCGUUAAACCUAAUAGAAAAUUCGUCCGUGACGAACUUCAACGUAAGUCCAAGUUACACGCAACUACCUCCGAUAAACGUGCCGCCACACCAAUCGUUCAUUUCAAUGAAUUUUCCACCUGCUUUAUCGCAACCGUCGCCGCUUCUCGCGAGCAUCGAGGACUCUACUCCACCGCCACCGAAGGCUCCGACAGGAGAUAAUUUUAAUGACCAUCGAAAUAUGGACGACGGAAUGCGAGAAGGAAUGAAACUAGCAAGACAGAUAAUGAACAUGACGGAAGAGAACAAGAGUGAAAAUGUGUCAGUAUUUCCUGAAGUACCGUCGGAUAUUCCUCCGCCAGACAAAACCGCGUGUCAUUUUGUACUGGCGAAGGGGAGAGAUACGAAUAUUGCAACGAAACAAUACAAUAAAAAGUAUUCGCAUAAAAAAGAUAGCCGACACGUAGUUCACAGUACGCACGUUAAAGAGAAAGACGCCAGGACAACUAUGAAAGAUUAUGAAGGUACAUUACUGAAAGACCAUGGGUCGGAAGUGUUAGACAUAAAUUCUAUAACGUGUAGAUUAAAGAGAACCGAAGAGUGGUUGAGGACUCCCAUAAAUUUUCCCGAGAACCAAAUUCACCAAAGCGCAUCUCUGAAUGUUAAUAAACACAGAGUACACUCUAAGGAGAGCCAAUCGAGAAAGAGUACUCAUUUAGCAGUAAGUAACGAGAAAGCAAGUACGUCUUCUGAUUGGAUGAGUGAUAAAAGAGACUCUGAGAAAUCACAGCGCGUUCCGGGCACUGUGUUACCGGGUAACGCAAGCACAGAAAAUAAUCAAAAGUUGAGAAGAGAAGCCGUAAAAGAUAAGGCCCCUACUUCGGAGUCCUCGUGGAAGGCCAAGGUAAUCAGUCGUUUUCUGAAGAUGAGUAAAAAUGACAUUUGCAAUAUGCUGAAUAAUGCGAGCCUUCGCAAGUUCGACAUCGCGAUGAAACACUUGGUGAAAGAAAGAAAACCGUGCCUAUCUCUGGAGAUGAGAAACACGGAAGAUGAGAAGAUGAAAGAGUACGAUCGAGAGGAAUUCAUGAACCAGUUGAACGCGAUGCUAGACUCGGGCGACAUCGUAGGUGUCAAGGAUUUACCUACAGAGUUCAUUCAUCAUUUGAGCGAGGUGUUGCAACUGGAAUCUCUACAGUCCGAAGUUGAACUACCCGAGAAACAAGCCUCGGAGGUUCAAUCCUUAUCCGAGAAUGUAAGGAAAACCGAAAUGGAGAACAGAAGCUCGUCGUUGAAUAAGAUUGAGAGUAAACAGCAGCAGCAACAAGACGAGCCAAAGGUAUUGCUUGACGAGACCGAGUUGAAUGAUAUAUCGUCAGAAGUUAAAGAAAAAGCGAAGAAGAUACAGAGGCCUUCGAUUUUUGAUAGCGGUAAGAGAUCAAACGAAACGCGUACAAGUUCCUCGUUAACGCAACCAGUAACAGAAGCUUUCAAGUAUAACACUGCUCUGCCAACUAAUAACCCUAUAGCUGACAUUGAUGACAUUUUUUUAGCAGGAAUCGCGCAGGCGAAGAAGCUAACCGACUCGAGUGCGGGUAGAUCGAGAGCGCGGAAAUGUUGUUCCGAAGAUCGGAACCCGUUCAGACCCGACAAAUACGAGUCAUGGAGCCGAGAAGAGCGAGAGAACUUAGACGCGUACAGGAAUUUGACUAAAGAAGAAUGGGAAGCGAGGUACAAGUCGAAGAGCAGCGCGACAGCUUCGUUUACUGUGCAAAAAACUAUUUCUACCAGCAGCGAAAAUCUAAGAGACAAAAGGAAGGAUCACACGCACAAACAUUGCUCGUCGGAAUCGCCUCUGAGAAGUUCGAGCGCUAGUCCUGUAACUCGUGUAUUCAGACCUGUCAGUCGUCCAAUCGAAACGGAUGAAUCGCACAGUGAUAGUAGUAAUACUUCCAACAGCAGCGAUACUUCCAGUACGAGCAGUUCCAGCAGCCACAGCGACAAGCUGGCGGUCUCCCCUAGCGUAACGAAGUGGCUGAAAGUGAUCAAGGAGAAUGAGAAGAUCGCGAAGAAGAAAUCUGUUAAUGAAGCGUUAAGGGAUGUGGUAGUUGCUGAGAUAGAGGAGCAACGGAAGGAAAAGAAUAAACAGAAAUCACGCGAACGCGAGAAGAGGAGAAAACACAGGAAGGAGAGACGAAAGAGGAAAAGGAGAAUAAGCUAUACAGAUUCGUCUGAGUCUAGCAAGAAAUUCGAAGAAUUUCGAUUACUGGCGGACGAUAAGGGUAAGAAGGAAGUAAAUCAGGAAGAUAAGAUAAACUCUUUUAAACGUGGUAGCAUUGUUCCUGAUCCGGCUAAAUCGCAAAUAGAAAAGCAGCAAGUUCUUAAAGUCGCUUGUAUAACGUCGAUGUCGGAAACCAAAAAUCAAUCCGACCAGACUCAAGCUAAGUCUAAUACGCAGUUGAAACCAGUGCCAAAACUCAUUAAAGUUCAGAUCGCGAAGAACAGUGCAGCGGAUUCGAACAAUGGAAAGAUGAAAAGUAUUUCGGUUGCGAAUAAAGAUAAGGAAGUAACGAAGAAUUUAGAGCAAAUUAUCGCACCAGCUUCUGUCUCUUUGAAGCAAGUUAACGUAUCUUCGAUUGCUACGACGAGUGCUUGUUCAACAGCGAACAAAAUUUAUAAGAAGAUCGAUAUAAGUGCGUACAAAGAACGAAAGCGUUUGAAAGAUCAAACUCAGUUAAAGGAAAACCCGAAAAAUACUGCGUCGACGAAUCAAAAUACUCCUCGUGCCUUGCCUAUGAAUACAUUGGACUCAGAUAAAUUGAAUACAACGAAUGAAACGAAAAAACCUGAGGCGGACAACGUGCAAUCAAAGGAUCAAUCGUUAAUCGGAGAUCAAAAUAAAGAAGUUAGCAUACGAACUAACUUGAGAGAAGAACGAAAGCCUAUUGCGCGAAAAGACAAAAAAUCUUUAGUAUCUUUGGAAUCAAAUUCUAAUCAUAAGAACUUCUCUUCACCCAUAGAUUUCGAUUCAAGCGUGAAGGGAAAGGAAUGUCUAAGUGAUAAGAAAUCAUCUUUGCACGGAGUUGCCCUCGAAACCAAAAAACCUUCUGUGCAAAAAGAAUUGAAGCCUGUGCUUCAAAAGAAGAAGCAAUCGAAGAAGUUAAUUUCGCUCUUCGACUCUCCCAAGCAUACUCACAUUCGGUCGGAGGGUAAAAAGGAGUUGAAAUUGAAAGAAAUGAAAAACAUGAAGAACAAAAAACUGUUGGAUUUCGAUAACCUUAGGUCUUCGAAGAAGCACAAAAACACAUCUAAGAGUAAACAAAAAGUUUCAAAUAAGAAAAUGGCAGCAAGUGCUUCGAAUUCACGAUUGAAAAUUGAGGAUAAAAUUGUCCGGGAAGAAAUACAUUCUGUGAUAAAACCAAAUCAAGAGUCUGUUGACGGUAAUGAAAGAUCGACGAAUGUUAUUAAGACAAUUGAAAAAAGCGAUCUUUCAAGCCAACAGAUUGUAAAUCAAACUGAUAGCUCGAUAAAUUCGAAGGACGAGAACGGUAAUAAAAAAACAGAAAGUAAAGUUCCCUCUAAAGAGUUACGUCUACGAAUUAACGUUGACAUCGAAAAGAGUGGCCCUUCGAUUAAUAUAAAAAGUUUGACAAACAAUUCUAGUCUCGUUACGGAAUCGAAGAUAUCUGAAAUGAACGAUGUAAAACAAAACGAGACGUCUAAAUCUCUUGAAAUCUCAAGAAAUUUUAAUGUCCAUGAUAAAAUCACGAAAAGCGAUUUGACAUCUCCAAACAGUCCAAGCGGCCAGUGCAAAAGUUUUCCUGCUAUAUCUACCGAGAACGAUGUUAAUACCGCUCAACUUGACAAUAAAGAUCCCAUAAGAAAAACAGAUUCUCCGUCCGAGGAUGCAGCAGUACAACAGAAUGUUAUAAACACGAAUGAUAGAAGCACAUGUAUAUCAGAGAUAAAAAAGGACGAUGGAACGGAUAAACGUGGUAAAACGAGCAGCGAAGAAAAUCAACCCGCAGGUGACACAAACGUCUCUGAAAAAGGCAACGAAUCUCUUAAUGUUUUGCAUAAGUAUUACAGAAUAGUAGAUAAAAAAUCAACUGAAGUACAGUUAAAUGACGUCGACCUUGAAGAUUGUAGCGCAAGGGAUACCGAUUUUUUCAUGGAUAGAUCAUCCGACAAAGUGAAUCCAGGCGAUGUUAUAUCGACGAACCCCAUAAACUUUGAAGAAGUAUUCCAUAAGAAUAACGCCGAUAAGGAAGUUCUCACGGAAGGGAAAGAGAAAUCUACGUCGCCUAAUAAAGAAACGACUAUUAAGAAAAUUGAUUCCCGGCAGAAUUCUGAAUUUGGAGUCCGACCAAAGCCGAGCAAACUGCUCGAACAAACUGAAACGGAAACUGCUACCAUGCCAAUCGUUGCAUCGGCAAUUAAAAUGAAUGUGAGACUUGAGAAAUUCAACAACGGUUUGCUGAUUCGGCAAAUUCCUACUUUGCACGGGAAAAACGCACCCAAUGAAUCUAACCAAACGAAUGAAGCCACAAGUAAAUCGGAACAGGUAAAGGAUAAAUCGUUGCACAAGAUACGGCACAAAUCGAAACUGAAGGCUAAGAAGGAAAAACUGAAGCCUCCAAAGGAGACGAUAAAGGAUGCCAUGAAAUCGUGUACAGUGGAAGUAGUUAAAUAUCCGAACGCGCAGGAAGAUAUUAUGGCUAGAAUGAUUGAGAUCGACGUUGAGAUUCACAAACUGAUGACAGAGAAGAUGGCUUUGUACCAGAUGCUGACCAAGAAUCAGACUUCACUAAGCAACGAUAACAAUCUGAAGGAGAGCAUCGUGAUGCAGGAGCAAAAAUCGGACGCAUCGAAACCUCGAACUUCGAUCAAGUUGACAUCGCCAUUGACUCGGGAGAAAACUAAGACUAAUGAAACUUCCGCGAUCGUGGAGAGUUCAUCCGUGAUAGAAACCAGUAUUAACGUAGGGGAACCGAGUACGUCCAAAGCGGAGAAUAAUAACUGUUAUGUUCCAGCUUGUACUUCCGAUGAUGGCAAGAGCUCGUUGGUUUCUAAGAAGAAGAAGAAGAAAAAGAAACAUGAAGUACGUAGACUCGUACCUUCUGCAUUCCCAAAAAUCGUACUCGCAGAGAAGAACCGGGCCGACGUAAAUGAAGCAGAAGAAACGGACUCAGUGUAUACGGAUCUCGAUACGAAAGUAGUGAAAGACUCUAGUCAAGUCUCUGUUGCAACUAAUGCAACUGAGUUGCGAGUAGUUAUUGAUAAAAUAUCUACGCAGACUGAUAACCAAGAUCUAGUUAGUGGCGAUAAACCAGAAGCGGCCAACCAUCUGGUCGUUAAGCCAAUCGAGGAAAUCGCCGAAGAAAAAUUAGUAGAUAUCGAUAAUCGUCCGAUAAGAGAUAACGAAGAAAGAGCGGCGAGUUUGAAAAGCACAGAUACAAAUUGCUCGGAGAUUAGAGCGUCGAUAUACUCGGAUGACAGUACUUUGGAUGCUCUUCCUCAGCAUGCAGGUAGAACGAAGGAACAAAAGAAUCCGAGCGUCGGUCUCGCUCUCCUGGAGGAGACGUACAAGAAGGAGAUCGCUAAAGCGCGGAGCAUAAAAAGAGACGCGAUACGAAAGAGAAAAAAAGAGCUGCGCUACGAGUUGCCGAAGACUGUUUUGACCGCGGAGGAGGAGGAUCUACCGCUUUCCACGCUGUACAUUAAAAGGAGAAAAAGUAAAAAACGGAAGUUGCCAGAUUCUGUGGUGAAUCAAACGGACGACGAUGUGUUAAAGAAAAUGGACGACGUAAUAAACGCAGUAGCAGAGAACAAGACGGAAAAGCUUUACACGGAAGGAGAACCGACUGAAGGAACUGCAUCCAUCGUUUCUGAAAAGAAGGUUGAAUCCAAACAGAAUGAAGAGGAACAAACGUUAAGGAACGGAGAAGAACCUUGUGAUGGAUCGCCCAACAAGACUGCGAGUUUUAAUGCACAUGAAUUGUUAGGCAAUAAACAUCUUCAGGGGGACACGGAGGUCAGUAGAUCGUCUGAAGCUUCUGACAAGAAUCCCGACAAAAUUGAAUCCACUGCUCCGCAGAUUUUAAAGAACGAAAACGUGGAAACUACGGAGCUGACAAAGAACACUGAAUCUCGCCAUAAAACGAAUAAAGAUGAUAAGAAUAUUCAUAGUUCUACCAAUGCAUUGAAUAAUGCAGAAAUUAACGAAGAAAAUCGUAAGCCUGAUGAAGAAGCUAUCAACAACAUCGAAAAAGUUUACGAGUAUUCAACUGCAUUGGACGACAGUGAAAAUAUAAUCGUCAUAAGUGACACUGGUGAAAAAGACUCUAAAGUAACGCAUGAACGAAAAUCAAACGAGAAAGAUAAUAUAGAUAACGUUACUCUACAAUCUAAUUGCAAGACCAAGAACGAUCACUUUAUAAGUCUUAGAAACUAUAAAGAAUCGCAUAAAGCAAGAGAAAUCGUGAAAGAUCUGAGCGGAGAGAACGGUAAUCAUGAUUAUACAUCAUCUGUUAUCAAGAAUACGGAGACGUUGAAAAUUGACGAAGACCUCGAUAAGAAAUUGAAUAAACGCAAGAGAGAAAAUACUAAGGAUACUGCUCGGCGAAAAUCAAAGUACGAAGAACCGGUGAAGAAACGUACGAAGUCGGAGACAUCCGCGACUUAUGAGCCGGAAGAACGGUGUAAGUCUUCCAGGACUCAAGAUGUGUCACCCGCGUUGUUGCAGUGCGAAGAGAGUCGCGGUCAGAAGAAAAAGCGAAACACCAACUCCGAAACAGACGCCUCUUACUCCGAUAACGAAUGCUCGAAGGCAAUUAGAAAGCAGAAGUUACAUACAAUAUCCGAAAUGAUGAACUGCGUGGUAAAAGUGGUAGAUUGUAAACGCGCAGCCUCGAAUUUGAAUGUAAAUCCUAACGUAUCGCAAAGUUAUCGAAUUUCCAGAAUUAAUACUCAGUCCCAAUACCAUCCUACCCUUACCCAAAUAGAUUCUUUGAUAAGUUCCCAGAAAGAAUCUCCGCAGAGUCAGACUUCGAAGACGAUAAAGCGAUCGGACGAUCAAACGAAUUUCGCUCGAGUUAAGAGGCCCAAAUCUGCCAAGAUAGAUACGAGCGAUGAAGAAAAAUGUGCGGAACCGGUCGAAGUUAUGCCGGUCUUGACGAAGGAGCAGAUCAAGAACAAUGAGAGCUCCGAUGUCGUGGUUGAGGAUGAGAAAGCAAUUGCCAAAAAUCAGCAGCCCAGUGAAAAUCCUCCGCCUACAUUGACUGUGAUAGAUACUACGGCUGACGAGGAAUUACCGAGAAUACAGUACACGGUUCAUAAUGGUCCUAUUUUAGAUAUUAAGGUUUUCGGGGAUUCGUUUCUAGCUGCGAGCGAAGACGGUAGAAUAUACAGGUACAAUCAAUCGUCUAAUGGACUAUUAAACAUAUAUAAAGGGCACGUAGCAGCUGUUACUUGUUUACACAUGUGCAACGCGAGCUAUACAGAUAUCAGCAAAGAGUGGAUCUUUUCCGGUUCACUGGAUGGAACCUUACGGUGCUACAAUGUCAUGACUGGGAUACAAGCGAGAGAUACGGCGAAUGUGGGUAGUCCGAUACAAUGUAUGGACGAGGCUUGGGGAAUAAUCUUCGUCGGAACUAAAUCCGGUCACGUCUCGCGUUACCACAUAAAGUCAGGUACUAUCAAAGAAGACAGUAUUCAGUUCUCGGAUAAAUCCGUGCUGGCUUUGAAAGCAACCAACGAAGGUCCACGAAGAGUUCUAAUCGUCGCUUCGCGUAGCCAGCCGAUAACGAUUAGGGACGCUCAAAACGGUCUGUUUCUUCGCACGAUCUGCGGCCAAAGGAGUUAUACGGUGUACAGUCUGAUGCGUGAUCACAAUCUGAUUUAUUGCGGGACCAGUAGUACUUCGAUACCGGUCUUCGAUUUCACGAAUGGAGAACAGACGAUGCAAUACGAUGCCGGCGUGGGUAUAGUAUGUAUGCGGUUGUACAAAAGCUUGUUGUUCGCCGGCUGUUACGACGGGAACAUUUACGUGUUCGAUACCAAGGAAUAUCGACUUGUAUGCAGUAUACCUGGACCCGGGAAUAUGUUAUUGAGCAUGGAAGUCGUGGACAAUAAGAUCAUAGCUGGCAGCAAAGAUAAACGUCUACAAUCGUGGCAGAUGCCUUACCAAGUACGAUCUUGUAUAUAAACGAGCCAAAUUCGAACUGGUAAAUAUUAGUCUAGUCGUAAUACUUAUAAGAGAGAAAGGAAGAAGAAUUAAUUUCGUGGUACAAUUGGUCUAUACGGAAUUAAUUGCACAGAUUCAAAAGGCUUACUCUGUAUAUAAUCGUAUUUAUCGGAUGUUAUACUAUAAAUAUAUUUGUACAGAAAGCUAGAUAAAGAAAUUAUCGAGAUGAUGGCGAGGAGUAUAGUGGAGUCCGGUUCCAUUUCGUUGACUUGCGCUACCGAGGGCGAAACCUCUUGUGCCUUGUGCGCGUCGGCAAAUGGCAUUACAUUUUCGUAUUUUUCAAUUGAAAAAGGAAGAACAUGGAACGUACGAAAACGUAAUUAUUAAAGAGUACGCACCUUUCACCGUUCAUAUUUUUCGAGUUCUCUUUUGUACCUGUAUAUCGUGCGUUAUCUCAAUAUCAGUCAACGCGAUAAGUAUAAAUGUUCGAAUAUUAGUUGAGUUGCUUCGUAUUGAAUUUACGAGUGGCUAACAAUAUCUGAUAAAUGCUAAAAAUGAUAUGACUCUUACUUAACUUCUUGUUCUGUUAACAUGCAUUUUUUUAUACGAUUAGUUUAUAUCGUUCUUUUAUGUUACACUUGUUUUACGGUGAUUAAAAUAUGGGAGAAAUGUGUUCUUGCCGAUGUUACUAUAUAAAUAAUAACGAAUAAAAGACGUGUGACUGAACUGUGUAAAUGUUGAAUGUAUAAUUUUCGAAGAAAUUAUACAAUGGCUCGAUGGUUACGUUACUUCAUUAGAUAUACAUGACGCUUAUGAAACUGAUAAUAACAAUUGUUUGUAAGCACUUGAACGUGAAAAUUCUACGUCGUACGGUAUAAGUUCGUGCAUUCAGUAUUUGUUACGUGCAAUGAUGAAAUCUUAAACUGCUCAUUUGAAUAGGUCGUGUAUUUCAUUUUUAUGAACAGAUGUUCUAUGUGAGCUAGCGAUAUUGUCUAUGUAAUCUCAAAGUUUGUUAUUUUGAAUAAGGGCACGAAAAUUAAGAGGUAUGUAACGCGACACCUGAUGAACUUCUUGUAUUGACUGUUAACAUUUUUUAAUUAUACUAAGAAAAAAGUAUUCUUCUUAUUAA